ACUGGUCCUGGACGUGUAUGGCUACCGUCAAUCCAUCUUCCGAGGUCAUAGACUCUCGGAUGAGCAGAGAGGUCGAGGAGAUCUCGACAGCAGGCAGAUUCACAACAGUCAACGGCAACAAGGUUCCCGCAAGCCCUCCGCAAAACACUUCGUUCCGACCCGACCCAUCGGCCCUUUCCCAUCCCUAUCGACAACAACAAGCUCUACCUCGACAGCCACCUCUGCCAGAAGGGAAGUCAAAGCCUCUGUUUGUGGACUCGGACGACCCCAGAGGCACUUAUCACGAUGAACCUUCUUUUCGCUCCCCUGAGCAUCAUUCAAAUCGUAUAGGCAAGCGCAAGAGGUCUACUGAGACCUUCGAAGUCUCACCCGACUUCACUUCUCCACCCACACGACGCGAAGAAACCUUCAACCUUCCGGCCGAACCAAGAUCGCCAGCACGAAGCCUGCCACCACUUUUGCAGUUCCGGGAAGGUGAACAACAACAUGGACCAGACCAAGUGUCGCAUUGGCGCCAGCCACGACCCAGUCCGAGCCAGUUGGACUCGAACAUGGAGGACACCAUGCGACGAGACUCACACAUGAACAAGACUCGCAACGAGCACAAUGAUGGUAGUGGCAGCCCCCAGAUGGAAACUGACAUUCAAAGCGACCAAGAAUCAGAAAUGCAGCCCGAGUCCAUGAGCGGCAGAGAACCUGCGGCGCGCCGACGAUUCUCACAGAGAACAAAGACAGGUUGCCACACCUGUCGACGGCGCAAGAAGAAGUGCGACGAAGCCAAACCACAAUGCCAUAAUUGUACACGUGGAGGCUUCGCUUGUGAGGGCUAUGGCCCCAAACACGAGCUCAACGUUAAACUUCCAUCUAAGGCAGUGCCACUGCAAGCGAAGACCGCCGAGACUCACGCCUUCCCAAACCACCGACAAUCGCGCUUCUCCUAUGAUGGCCGCGCGCAACCCUUUGGGGAUAGUAUGCGCUACCCACCAAGACCUACCGUCCCACCAAAACGUGAAUCGCCUUUCCCGUCUGAUCGCUAUUCGCAGCCUUCGCACCCUGAACAAACACGUGUAAUGCCAUCAUCAUCUCGAUUCCCCAUCUCGGCGCCCAGUAUAAUGAGCGACGUCAAUGGUGGCAGCCUAACUCACAGCAGUGGUGGUGCGAGUACCAGCUUGGGCAGUGCGUUCGACACGCCUAGACCGAUGAUAUCAAGCCGCAUUGCCAUGAAGCCACCUCUAGGUCCCUACCAUUCUUCCGCCCCAAGCGAGAAAGAGAACAUGCUUAGCGGCAAAGAUUAUCGUCACUUCACCGAUCCAGAGCUGUUGAAUGACAGAGCAUGGUGCAAGCAAGCAAUCGAGCGCUACAACAAAGCAUCGAAACCCUCGUUUGAUAUCGACAUGGAUGGACGGAUGAGGCUGUUCCGACAGAUACUCCAGCCAGAUCGUCUCUUGCAACUAGCAGACUCGCGCAAUCAUCCUAUCGGGACCAUCGGCUCCAAGAUCCUGAUCGAAGCACCAUUCAAGUGUGAGUAUGGCUAUAACGUCCACAUUGCGGACAACGUGGUCAUACAGGCUGGCUGUGUCAUGUAUGAUCCUUGUCCCAUCACCAUCGGAAGGGNNGGCACGAUCGUUGGCCCCAACGUAAAGUUCUAUGGACUAGGACCUGACACCAGACUCGAUGCAAGAGUACGUAAUGGCAGCGAGGGCAAGUUAAGAGGAGGCAAGAUCAUGGUCGAAGAGGACUGUUUCAUUGGUGGGGACGUCGUGAUAAUGCCCAACGUAAUCAUUGGACGCGAGUGUGUGGUUGAGCCUGGAACAGUCGUCAGCAGUGUAAGUCUACACUUAGGUUUCGUGAGCCUANACGUCCAACCUGGGAAAGUUGUCGCCGGCAACCCGAUGAGGAUAAUACGCGACGUUGUUCCGGUACCGGUGCAAGACGAGGAGUAUGGUCGCGUCGAGCCAGCAAUGUUGGCAAACAUGUGGCCAGGGGAGCGAUCCUACAACCGCGACGUACGCAUGGGUAUG